GACUGAUUCAAACGCGCUUCAGCCACUGUUGUGUUAUGAGAGAGGUGAAGGACUGUCACUGCAACAGAGGGAAGACUCCGUCCUCACUGCGGACUUGUGAAAGCUGGGGACUCUGCGCCAUCGACAAGCAACUUUAGAAAAGCGUUUAUUGAUUCAAUUAUUAGUUGAUUUUCUUUUGCAGUCUUGGGAUAAUAUUUUUUUUAGAAAAAGUAGUCUAAUUGACCUUGUAUUUAAGGCGUUUUUGAAUUGACAGUAUUCUGACCGUUUUGUUUCAUCAACAACACUGGUUAUAUUAGUUAAAUCCGUUAACUAGUCCGUUCCGUACAUAGCUGAACCUAACACAACUUCGGCUGCUUAUAACUCACUAGUCAUUCAAAACCACCAUAGCCUAAAGAACUGUGCGUAUACUCUUUCUAUACAAGUUUUUUAAUCUCCGUUUUUAAUUUUUUUUUUAUUUAAAUAUCUUCCUCAAGAUGAUGAAUGCGAUGGUGAUUUUUGCCGAGUUUUUUGUAGUUAUCUUGAAAGUACUCUGGGCUUUUGUUACGGCCGGGGCGAAAUGGGUGGUGCGACCGAAGGAGAAAAGUGUAGCGGGACAGGUGUGCGUUAUCACCGGAGCAGGGAGCGGUCUGGGUCGGCUGUUCGCCAAGGAGUUCGCCCGGAGACGGGCUGUAUUGGUGCUUUGGGACAUCAACAGUCAAAGUAACGAAGAGACAGCGGAGUUGGUACGGGAAAUCUACCGAGAACUGGACAGUGAAACCCCGAUGUCUAAAGAUGGUGCAGUUGGAGGGUUAGAAGAGAUCCCUCCCUUCCAGCCGCAGGUGUACACGUACGUGUGUGAUGUGGGCAAGCGGGAGAGCGUGUACUCCACGGCGGAGAAGGUGCGUCGGGACGUGGGUAACGUGGACAUGUUGAUAAACAACGCCGGCGUGGUCUCUGGUCACCAUCUCCUGGAGUGUCCUGACGAGCUGAUCGAACGCACCAUGCUGGUUAACUGCCACGCACACUUCUGGACCACCAAGGCAUUCCUUCCCAAGAUGUUGGAGCUGAACCACGGCCACAUUGUGACGGUUGCCAGCUCUCUGGGGCUGUUCAGCACAGCUGGCGUGGAGGACUACUGCGCCAGUAAGUUUGGGGCCAUCGGCUUCCACGAGUCGCUGAGCCACGAGAUCAAGGCUUCGGAUAAGGACGGCAUUAAGAUGACGCUGGUGUGUCCCUACCUGGUGGACACGGGCAUGUUCAAAGGCUGCAGGAUAAGGAAAGAGAUUGAGCCCUUCCUGCCUCCCCUGAAGCCAGAGUUCUGCGUAACACAGUCUAUGAGGGCCAUUCUCACUGAUCAGGCUAUGAUCUGCACGCCGCGUAUCGUAUAUAUGGUCAACAUCAUGAAAAGCAUCCUGCCCUUCGAGGCCAUCGUUUGCAUGUACAGGUUCCUGGGUGCUGAUAAAUGUAUGUAUCCCUUCCUUGCCCAGAGGAAGGAGCUGAUGAACAACAACGAGGUUAAGGAGGACAUCUAAAGGGGGGGGGGGACCGAGCGGGG